AUGGAGCUCUAUGACUACGGAGGACGGCUGGAGCACGACACAUUCUACAAGAUACGUCCUGUGCUUUCAUGCACGGCGGUAUUCGCAAUUUUGGCGGCGGCGUUGCACGGCGUCAGCGCGAACCGCGUCAACUGCACUGUCGACCUCGUCUGCGCUACGCUGCUCAUAGUGCUAAUUGUACAGCCGACUUGGCUUGGACUUGUGGGCAUGAUGACAUUCAGCCUCACGCUAUUGUGCUCGGACAUACUCUUGCUGGCAACCGGUAUAGCAUACGAAAAGCUUGUCUGGUCGCCUGAAUUGCUCAAAAACACCGGCAUCGCAGCAUACGCCGUCGACAUCAUCUACACGGCGGCCGUUUUCAUCAGUCUUAACUUCGGUAUGAACGCAGAGUCGACCUUUAAUUGUUACGCAGUAUGGGAGAGACCGUCCAAAUCUGACGACUUGGACGAUCAAGACAGCGCCAUCUACAAUGAACAGGACGACGUGUGGGCACCAUUCUCAGGUAAUGCAUCCGCUGUUAACUCUCAUAGAGCGUAG